AUGGAGUCUCCAUUGCUUCCCAAAUACCUUCUCAUUGUGAUUCUUUUCUCACAUUACAGCACCACCAUAGCUCAAUACGAGCAAGAAAGGGACACCCUUUAUGCUCUCAAGCACACAUUCAACGACCCUUUCUUAAACGAUAACUGGAACGGCCUUCACUGCUAUGAAAACAACUCUUUCUGGUACGGUAUUCAGUGCAUCAAUGGACGAAUCACGUCGAUAUUGCUGGAAAAUAGGGGGUUAUCAGGGAACCCAAGUGCUGUUUCAUUGGUUGUGCUUUCUGAAUUGGUCACCCUUAGCUUCAAGAACAAUUUAGUGUAUGGGAACAUAAUGGAUUUCUGUUACAAUCACAAGUUGAAAGACAUUGAUCUUUCGGAAAACAUGUUGGAAGGACCGAUCCCACCUUGUUCGACCAAUCUCGAGUUGCUGCGGUCAUUGCAGCUUCAACAGAACCAUUUGAGUGGUAUGAUACCAGAGUUCAACCAAGCUGGUUUAACAGUUUUCAAUGUCUCCUACAACAAUAUCAGCGGCCCGAUCCCCGGAACGACCACUUUGAGGUCUUUCACCGCUGAUUCGUACGCUAACAACGGCCCUAACAUGUGCGAUCCAUUGUGCCAUUUCAGCGAAAUUAACACACCAACACCAACAGAAUCCAAGAAGGAAUCCAUUGCAAUCGCAUUCAUGGUUCUCGACAUAAUCGGUCUAGUCACCGUGAUUUUGCUUUUGGUUCUCUACUGUAAGAGAUCUAGCAAGUUCAAGAACCUGAUCAAAAGACGCCAUUUUGAGGAAACCAGCGAUGGUGAUGGAAUGAAGCUGGUUUUCAUGGCGGAUGAUGGAGGUUUCGAGCUGAACGAGUUGAUGGGGGCCGCUGCUGAAGGGUUAGGGAAAGGAGUUUGCGGGGAUAGUUAUAAGGCUACGUUGAAUGAUGGGGUGGCUGUUGUUGUGAAACAGUUGAGGGGGUUGAAGCCAUUGAUGAGCAAGGAGGAGUUCAUGAAGAUGGUGAGAAUGAUUGCAGAUCAAAAGCAUCCCAAUUUGCUUCCUUUAAUGGCGUAUUGGUGUUCCGAGGAUGUGAAGUUGUUGGUCUACAGAUAUGCCAAAAAUGGAAACCUCUUCAACCGCCUUCAUGGCGGGAGAGGCAGCCGGGACCGGAUUUCUUUCAAAUGGAGCUCACGAUUGACCGUCGCUCGAAGCGUGGCACGAGCGUUGGAGCAUCUUCACCUCAAUUCGAACCCCUCCCAAUGCACCGUCCCUCAUGGCAACCUGAAAUCAACCAACAUUCUCCUCGACGACGACGGCGAAACGGUUCUCGUCUCCGAUUAUGGCCUCGCUUCAUCCAUGGCCCUUCCCGUCGCAGCUCAACAUAUGGUCUCAUAUAAGUCACCGGAAUACCAGACAUGGAAAAGGGUUUCGAGGAAAUCCGACGUGUGGAGCUACGGCUGCCUCCUUUUGGAAUUACUGACGAGGAGAGUCUCGGUUCACUCGGCUCCGCCGGGCAUCAAUGGCGUGGAUCUUUGCAAGUGGGUCAAACGAGCUUUUAGAGAAGAAUGGAUUGCUGAGGUAUUUGAUAAGGAGAUAUCUAUGGAGAAAAACGGUACUAAGGGGAUGGAGAAGUUGCUGGAGAUUGCUCUCCGUUGCUGCGAUGAGUCGCCGGAGAAACGGCCUGAAAUGGCGGAAAUUGCAGCGGAGAUAGAUGCCAUAGAGGCGGUUGAAGAGGAUCACGGAGCUGACUUAUCGGCGGUGCAAUCGUUAACUGAGGAGGGUUUCUCUAUGCAUGCAUCGUCGGCGAUAGUGGAUAGCAGCGACGGGAUAAGUUGA